AACAACACGGAGGGGGAGUGAACUUAUAGAUAGCAGUCAUAUUUUGUAGGAACAUUAUAAUAUUUUUACCUAAUUGUGACAAGUUUCAGUUCAGCCGAAAGUCCUGUGCAGGAGCAGCUAUGGCUCUGAGGGUUGACGGCUGUGAAUGGAAAGAUGUCCAGUGAUGGCACAGUCUGAGCAGUCACCAGUGAUAACCUCAGAAGCCAGGCAUUUGUUUACAUUAAGCUGUCUGGUAUCCUUCCAGCAGUUCAGUAGAUGUCCACCCCCUCCGACACUUCAGGUGGUAUGUCACAUCCUGGCCCUUCUCCGGGGGCAGGUCUGUCCCCAGGGCCCAUCUUGGGCCCAAGCCCUGGACCAGACCCCUCACCCGGCUCCGUUCACAGUAUGAUGGGACCCAGUCCUGGACCUGGAACACCUAAUGCACCUCAUGGCAUGCAGGGCCAGGGGCAAAGUGAUUAUUCUCAGGACAGCAUGUAUCCUAUGCACAAGCCCAUGGAGGGGAUGAAUGACAAGACAAUGGCAGACGCGAUGCAUUUUAGUCAUAUGAAAGGUGUCGGAAUGAGAUCUCUGCAUAGUGGGAUGGGGCCUCCACAGAGUCCCAUGGAGCAGCACAGCCAAGGAUACAUGUCUCCUCAUCCAUCCCCUAUGGGUGUCCAUGAGCAUGCUUCUAGCCCCAUGUCAGGAGGUGGAGGAGGUGGGGGCCCCACACCGCCCCACAUGCCUCCCUCGCAGCCAGGUCCUAUGAUGCCCAUGGAUCCCCAGGGAGGCAUGCCCAGCAUGUCCAACAUGGCCCAGCAGGGGCGGGGACCUUCUGCUUUCAGCCCGGUCCAGCUGCAGCAGCUCAGAGCUCAGAUCCUGGCCUACAAGAUCCUGGGGCGUGGGCAACCCCUGCCUGAAAACCUCCAACUGGCUGUUCAGGGCAAGAGGAGCCUACCCACAAUGCAACAGCAGCAACAGCAGCAGCAGCAGCAGCAGCAGCAGCAACAACAACAACAACAACAACAACAACAACAGCAGCAGCAGCAACAACAACAACAACAACAGCAGCAACAACAACAACAACAGCAGCAGCAGCAGCAGCAGCAAGCACCUAGCGCUAGUCCUUACAACAGGCCUCCAGGUAUGGCAAUGGCACCUAUAGGUGGACCCCAAUCAAGUCCUUGCCCAACCCCAGCCAUUCAAGGACACAAUCAAAGCACAGGACCCAAGCCUUGGUCUGAUGGACAGGGCGGUGAAAAUCAAGCCAACGCUCAGAAGCACCUCACCCCUGCAUCAAGUGGACGCCCGUCCCCUGCACCACCUCAGGCCACAGCAGUACCAGCCGGGCCCAUGCCCGGCACUUCAGUGACCCCUCAGCCUCCCGGGCAGCAGGUGUCCCCCAUGCUUCAGAUGCAGCAGAAGCAGAACCGUGUCACUCCAAUCCAGAAGCCCCAGGGCCUGGACCCAGUGGGGAUCCUGCAGGAGAGAGAGUACAGAUUGCAGGCUCGGAUUGCACAUCGAAUCCAGGAACUAGAGAGUCUGCCAGGCUCCCUGCCUCCUGACCUGAGGACUAAAGCCACAGUGGAACUCAAGGCACUGCGCCUGCUCAACUUCCAGCGGCAGCUGAGGCAGGACGUGGUGGCGUGUAUGAGGCGAGACACAACCCUGGAGACGGCCCUAAACUCGAAGGCUUACAGACGCAGCAAGAGGCAGACGCUGAGGGAGGCACGCAUGACUGAGAAGCUGGAGAAGCAGCAGAAGCUCGAGCAGGAAAAGAAGCGCAGACAGAAACAUCAGGAAUAUCUCAACAGUAUCCUUCAGCAUGCUAAGGACUUCAAAGAGUAUCACCGCUCAGUGUCCGGUAAAAUGCAGAAACUCACCAGAGCUAUUGCCAACUGGCACACCAACACAGAGCGGGAGCAGAAGAAGGAGACUGAGAGAAUCGAGAAGGAGAGGAUGAGGAGACUUAUGGCAGAAGAUGAGGAAGGCUACCGAAAACUAAUUGACCAAAAGAAAGACAAGCGACUGGCCUACUUGCUGCAGCAGACGGAUGAAUACGUGGCCAACCUCACCACCCUGGUGUAUGAACACAAAGCUGCCCAAGCUGCCAAGGAGAAGAAGAGGAGGAAGAAGAGAAAGAAGAAGGUUGAUGGAGAUGGCGAAGGCACCAGCGCAAUUGGACCUGAUGGAGAGCCCAUGGACGAGAGCAGCCAAAUGAGUGAGCUGCCAGUCAAAGUGAUUCAGACAGAGACUGGGAAAGUUUUGCAGGGAACCGAUGCUCCCAAAUCCAGCCAGCUGGAGGCUUGGCUCGAGAUGAACCCUGGGUAUGAAGUCGCCCCGCGAUCCGACAGCGAGGAGAGUGGCUCCGAGUUUGAGGAGGAGGACGAAGAGGAGGGGGCCAAGGCAGAAACAGAGGAGAAGAUAAUUGAUCCCAAUGGAAAUGAAGUGUCUGUGAAGGCUGCCAAGCACAUCAUCGACUCGGCCAAGCAGGAUGUGGAUGAUGAGUACAGUGUUCCUACUGGACAAACCAGCUCCCAGUCCUACUAUGGCGUUGCCCAUGCUGUGAUUGAAAGGGUGGAGAAGCAAUCGUCACUGCUGAUCAACGGCAUGCUCAAACAGUACCAGAUCCAGGGGCUGGAGUGGAUGGUGUCCCUGUACAACAACAAUCUAAACGGCAUCCUGGCUGAUGAGAUGGGCCUCGGCAAAACCAUCCAAACCAUCGCCCUUAUCACCUACCUGAUGGAGCACAAGAGGCUCAACGGUCCCUAUCUCAUCAUUGUUCCUCUCUCGACUUUGUCUAACUGGGUCUAUGAACUUGACAAGUGGGCACCCUCUGUUGUCAAAAUUGCUUACAAGGGCACCCCUGCUUUGCGCCGUGGACUCGUGCCUCAGCUCCGCAAUGGAAAAUUCAAUGUCUUGCUGACCACCUAUGAAUACAUCAUCAAGGACAAGCACAUACUGGCAAAGAUUCGUUGGAAGUACAUGAUUGUGGAUGAGGGUCACCGCAUGAAGAACCACCACUGUAAGUUGACCCAGGUGUUGAACACCCACUAUGUGGCUCCCCGCCGUCUCCUCCUCACUGGUACACCACUACAGAACAAACUGCCUGAGCUGUGGGCCUUGCUCAAUUUCCUCCUGCCCACCAUCUUCAAGAGCUGCAGCACCUUCGAGCAGUGGUUCAACGCACCAUUCGCCAUGACAGGAGAGAGGGUUGACCUAAAUGAGGAGGAGACCAUCCUGAUUAUUCGGCGUUUGCAUAAGGUGCUCCGCCCCUUCCUGCUACGCAGACUGAAGAAAGAGGUGGAGUCUCAGCUGCCAGAAAAGGUGGAGUAUGUCAUUAAAUGUGACAUGUCUGCCAUACAGAAGGUUCUGUACCGCCACAUGCAGAAAGGCAUCCUCCUCACCGACGGUUCAGAGAAAGACAAGAAGGGCAAAGGAGGGGCGAAGACCCUGAUGAACACCAUCAUGCAGCUGAAGAAGAUCUGCAACCAUCCAUACAUGUUCCAGCACAUUGAGGAAUCUUUUGCGGAACACUUGGGCUAUCCAAAUGGCAUAAUCAGUGGGCCGGACCUGUAUCGAGCUUCUGGGAAGUUUGAGCUCCUAGAUCGCAUCCUACCGAAGCUCCAGGCCACCAACCACAGAGUCCUGCUGUUCUGCCAGAUGACUUCUCUCAUGACAAUCAUGGAGGACUAUUUCAGCUACCGCAACUUUCUGUAUUUACGUCUUGAUGGAACCACCAAGUCUGAGGACCGAGCGUCCCUGCUGAAGAAAUUUAACGAGGAAGGAUCUCAGUACUUCAUCUUCCUGCUCAGCACAAGAGCCGGCGGCCUCGGCCUCAACCUGCAGGCUGCUGACACUGUCGUCAUCUUUGACAGUGACUGGAACCCCCACCAGGACCUUCAGGCUCAGGACCGGGCUCACCGCAUUGGUCAGCAGAAUGAAGUGCGUGUGCUUCGUCUCUGCACCGUCAACAGUGUGGAGGAGAAAAUCUUGGCAGCUGCCAAAUACAAAUUGAACGUGGAUCAGAAGGUCAUCCAGGCAGGCAUGUUUGACCAGAAGUCCUCGAGCCACGAGCGCCGUGCCUUCCUACAGGCCAUUUUAGAGCACGAGGAGCAGAAUGAGGAGGAAGAUGAGGUACCUGAUGAUGAAACCCUUAACCAGAUGAUAGCCCGCAAUGAAGAUGAAUUUGAGCUCUUUAUGCGCAUGGACAUGGACCGACGCCGGGAGGACGCAAGAAACCCGAAGCGUAAGCCUCGUCUAAUGGAGGAGGACGAGCUGCCCUCCUGGAUCAUCAAAGAUGAUGCUGAGGUGGAGCGGCUCACGUAUGAAGAGGAGGAGGAGAAGAUGUUCGGCCGAGGAUCACGCUGUCGUCGGGAUGUGGACUACAGUGACACACUGACUGAAAAACAGUGGCUACGGGCCAUUGAGGAUGGAAACCUGGAGGAGAUGGAGGAGGAGAUCCGGCUGAAAAAGCGCAAACGCAAGAGACGUCAGGACAAGGACUCGUCGAGCCGAGACGACGGAGGCAGCAAGGCCAAGAAGCGACGUGGACGUCCACCGGCGGAGAAACUCUCCCCCAACCCCCCAAGACUCACCAAGCAAAUGAACACCAUCAUCGAUACAGUGAUCAACUACAGAGAUGGGUCAGGAAGACAACUAAGCGAGGUCUUUGUCCAACUACCAUCCAGAAAGGAGCUUCCUGAAUAUUAUGAGCUGAUCAGAAAACCUGUGGACUUUAAAAAGAUCAAGGAACGUGUGAGAAAUCAUAAAUACAGGAAUGUGGGAGACCUGGAGAAGGAUGUGAUGCUGCUCUGUCACAACGCCCAGACCUUCAACCUGGAGGGAUCCCAGAUAUAUGAGGACUCCAUCGUCCUUCAGUCUGUCUUCAAGAGUGCCAGGCAGAAGAUUGCAAAGGACGAAGAGAGUGACGAUGAAAGCGACGAGGAUGAUGACGACGAGGAUGAGUCAGAGGCUGAGGCCAAGUCAGUGCGGGUUAAGAUCAAGCUGAGUAAGGAGAUGCGGAGCCACGACAAAGGCAAGAAGAGGCAAAGCCGAGGGAAGGCCAAGCCGGUGGUCAGCGACGACGACAGCGACGAGGACCAGGAUGAUAAUGAUCAGUCAGACAAGAGCAAGAGCGAUGAUGAGUGAGAACGGUGCGAUGCCAGGAUGUGAGGAUAUUGUUUAUAGCACUUAAACAAAAGGACAAUAUCUUUCAUUACUGUCGUUCAGGUGCAUAUUCUGUUUUUUCCUUUUUCUUAAAUUUGAGUUCAUUUGUCCUCUUGGUCUGUCUGUAGCACGUAUUGUUGUCCCUUCUACCACCAGCUUGGAAAUGUAUUACUAUUAAUCGAUAAACUACAGCAAUACCAAUCUGCUUAUAUUCCUGUUUUUAAGACAAUUUUGUAGUAUAUUUUUUAACUCUGUGCUUUAACUAAGAUUUAAAUUCUGUAUGAAAAAAAAGGAGAAAAAAAAUAUGGUAAUGCAACACAUGCUUUUGCUUUAUUUGUACUUGCUUGCACUUUUAGAAAAUGAAAUCUUAAUAUCCAAAUUUAAAAAAGUAUGUAAUAAAAACUAUAUUAUAUAUGUAGGGGAGAGAGAGAGAGAGAGCCAAGGACAUCCAAUUAAAUUUGGAGAGCCAGUGGAGAUUUAAAAAAAAAAAAUGGCAAUCACGUUUUAGAUUUUUUGAUUUCUUGUUCCACCUCAUGCAGUGCCAAAAGUUGAAACGUAGAGAAAUCGAUCGUUUGCUAAACCCCGCCCCUGACCAGAGAUUGUCUAAUCAUAGCUCGGCAACCGUAGCUAGGUACGGCAGGCCUGGCAAGCUUUAGCUAAACCGCAUUUAAAACAAUGUGGAGGGUGGUAGAUGUAUUUUUUGAAUAGAUUACAUAGUGGUUACCUGCUGUUAUGAAAGCCCCAAAGGUUACAAUAUCCGGUUAAUUAUCUUACUCACUGAAGUAGCAACUAGAGCUGAGAUGAGUCGUCGAUCGGCGGAAAAACAACUGGCUGCUGUUUUGAUAGUCGAUGAAUUGUUUCGGUCUUUUAUUUUUCUUAAGCAAAAUUAGUGGAAAAAUUGCCCAAUAUUCUCUGAUUACAGACUCUCAAAUCAGAAGAUUUCCUGCUUUUUUUGGUCAUACAUUGUAGUAAUCUAAAUGUUUUUUUAGACAUCUGUGAAGUUCUGACGGGCAUUUAUGACAUUUCACAGACUAAACAAUGAUUUGAAAAUAAUCUGCAGAUUAAUUCCUUAUCAUUAACUACCCACAUUUUGUCUGUGGGGUAAUCGGUUAUGUUUAAAAAGCUUUCUGCAGAUUAAACACUGGUAGCGACGGUUGUCUUUUCGGCAAAAAUCGACGGUCACCAGCGAGAAUCUUGAAACGUGCUUUUAUCCAUUUCUGCCUUAAAGAAAAUACCUGUUUAGGGCUGCAACUGUUAUGUUUAUUGCCAGUUAAUCUGCAGAUUAUUUCUUUCCAGAGUCCAGGGUGAUGUCUAGGACUCCGGACGUCACCUUGUCACGUCUUCAAAACCCAACAGUCAGUACGACCGACAGUCCAAAACCCAGAUAAUCAGUUUUUUCGUGACAUAUGGCAACGAGAAGUAGAAAGUCCUCCCAUUUUAGAAGGUGAAACCUGAGAAAGUACAAAAUUUUCUAAACUAUUUUCGCUUGAUAAAGAAGUAAAAACGAUUAAUCCGUUUUACGUCAACGUCCAUCGACUAAUGGAUUAAUUGACUAAUCAUUUCAGCUCUAGACCCGUUGUGUAGAAAACUACUCUUGAAUUUGCGAAGGCUUGUCAGACGUAGCGUCAGUAACUGAGGGCUUAGCGAACGGUCAAUUACGAGAUUGUUCAGACAGAUGUGUCAAAAAUGUAUGUAUCUUAGAGCCAAUAUGACAGAAUGUCAGCUGUUGCCUGAUGAUUUACAGAUUAAUUUGGGGUGGCCAUAAAUGCCGAAUGCUUUUUUAAAUUGCUUUUACUAAGAAAACUGUAACCUUACAUUGUAGAGGCGGCACAACAUUUAGUCCAUGUGUUUCAUGUAUCUUCUAAUGCUUUCAAGUUGUUGUGAAUCAGAGCAGAAACUCUGUCUCCAUAAUUUUCUCACGUAGAAAAAGGUGUGUUUUUGGUAGUUUUGAGUGCGAAACUGGCCGUUCAGAACAACAUUUUAUCCCCGGCAGCGGAUCCAUGGCGAAACACCUUGUUUUGUUGAACCCGACCAGCAUCUAACGUAGCAGUACAUGUAGCUUUUUAAAAGCGUCUGAAUACGUUACACCAGGCAGAUCUGUUGCAGCAAACAGAAUGUAAAGAACCAAGUCUCUGCUGGGUUUUUGGAUAUUACAAUGAAAACAGUAUUCUGAUUUGAAUAACAUUGAAUAUAUAACAGUAUAUUUUAAAAAAUGUAUUGAUUUAUACAUUUGGAUUGGUGUGUUUGUGUCGCUUGUGUAUUAGUUUGGAGCCUUCAUUUUAUUGGUUUAUAUGUUGUUUGUAGCAUGAACUCUUUUGACAAUAUACGGUGUACAUGCAGAUAUAUCAUUUCUGUUUGUGUAAUAUGUGCUUGCCGAUUCUCCAUAAGUGUGACUUAAUCUUUGCUCUCUUUGCACAGUGUCUUUGUGGUUGUAUCUCAUAGCCCAGGGCAAAUAAAAUCUCACAGAUGUUCAGCACAACAAAA